AUGCCGCUGCGAUGGUGGGACUGCCUGAUGUGCCUGAUGCCCUCUCUGCUGCUCUGGGCCCUGGUGGCUCUGGUCGUGGUGAGUCGGCCUGUGCUCGGUGCUUGGACGGGACGGGCCCUCACGGCGGUGGGGUGGACCCUGUGGAGAGGCCUCUGUGUCCUGCUGCACUUACCCCUGCAGAAGACCCCCCCACAGACCUCCUCCUCUGGGACUGAGCUUCUGUUUAAACCUAGUUCUCUGGCCCAGCACCUGCUGCGUCACUGCGGGGCUCUGUCCAGGACCAGACUGGCCCCGUGGCCCCGAGGAGACCCCCACCUCCAGACCGUCCAGAGUCUGUGUGGACUGUCUACCCCUGCACUGCAAAAAAGGAUAACAUAUGAGUGUGGACUUCAGUUUUCUAGGGACCACCUGUUACUGAGAGACGGGGCCAUCGUGGCGCUGGACUGGGUUGUGGGGGAGUGUGAGGGGGGGAGGAGGAGCAGUCCCCCGGUGCUGCUGCUGGUGCCUGAGCACUGGGGCAGCCUCACUCCUCACCUCUGCUCCUUGUGCCACUCGGCCUCUGCUCUGGGCUUCUAUGUGGUGCUGUUUCACCACAGAGGGACCGCGGGCUGCCCCCUCACCACCACCAGGCUCACAGAGUUUGGAGACCCGGCGGAUCUGGACCAGGCGGUGGCGUACAUCCACUCACGUCACCCGUCCUCGGUGCUGCUGGCCGUCAGUGAAGGCUCUGGAUCCGGGACUCUGCUCUCGUAUCUGGGGGAGAAAGGCUCCGGAUCUCGCAUCACUGCUGCAGCCGCCAUCUCUCCUGUGCUCCUGGGGCAGCUGUGGUUUGAGACGGCUAUGCCCCCUCUGUACCACUGGGGGGUGCUGUUCCAUCGCAAGCAGCAGCUCCGCAGGUAUGCAAGUUCUUUCAGCCGAGUCCUGGACGUGGCUCAUGUCCUCAGAUCUUCGUCCCUGAAAGAGUUUGAGGAGAGAUUGUUCUGUCAGCACCAAUCCGAGGCUCCAUGGGGGCUCACGGCAUCUGCGUCCUGGGGUCUACAGGAGCGUGCUCGCCCCGCUCCAGACUGGGACGCUUACUGGGAGCGGAACGAGCCUCUGAGGGACGCGGACGAGGUGGAAGUCCCCGUGCUCUGCCUCCUCAGCCGGGACGACCCACUACUGCCCCCUGCCGGUGCUCUACCCCUCAACCUCUUCCAGAGCAACCCCUUCUUCAUCAUGGUCCUCACCGACACUGGAGGUCACUGCGGCUUCUCCACGGCAAACACAAGAGAUGGACGGACUGAAAACUGGAGCCACACGGCGGUACUCGAGUAUUUUAGAGCAGCUGUGGACUUCCUGAAGGGAGGAGGAGAGGGGAGAUCUGUAGGCUUUACCAUCAGCCCCAUGGGAGAACAGAGACAGCGGACAAACACGUUCAGAAGGAGGAGAGCUGCAGGGAUGAGACGUUCUCUGAAUCAAACUGUCUGUCAGACUGUGACUGAGGACGACGAGUUCACCUGGAAGAGAGCGUACACCAGAUGA